CUUAUUUAUUGUUUUUAGAUUUUAUUUAAACUUUUACUCUAUCUCGAAUUAACUAAAUACGCGUUGAUUUUUAUUUUAAUAACAAAUUAUUUACUCCGUGCUACUUGUUGCCAUUCCAUAACAUUUUACAUUAAUUUUUGUACUCUCUAUAUUAACUAUAAAAUGUCGCAUUUAUUCAAAAUUUGUUCAAAUAAUCUCAAUACGAAAUUCAACGUUUUUAUAAUUUUAUUUUCAUUUCUUAACAGAGAAGUUUUCUCUAAAUGGAACACUAGAGAUUAUAUGAAACGUGAACAUUCGCUAUUGAAACCUUACCAAGGUUCUGGUAUCACAGUACCUAAUUGGGAUUUCAUGGGAUCUACUAUAGUAACGGAUAAAUAUAUAAGAUUAACUCCAGAUUUGCAAAGCAAGUCAGGUUCAAUAUGGAACUCUAUUCCCUGUUAUGUUAAUAAUUGGGAAUUACAAGUACAAUUUAAAGUACAUGGUAAGGGAAAAGAAAGUCUUCAUGGUGAUGGCAUGGCAAUUUGGUAUACUCGAGAAAGAAUGAAACAAGGGCCGGUCUUUGGUAGUAAAGAUUUAUUUGAAGGCCUUGCUGUAAUUAUUGAUACUUAUAGUAAUCAUAACGGAGAACAUAAUCAUCAACAUCCUUAUAUUUCAUCAAUGAUUAAUAAUGGUUCUUUGCAUUACGAUCAUGAUCGUGAUGGUACUCACACAGAAUUAGCUGGAUGUGAAGUUAAAGUUAGAAAUUUACAAACUGAAGCUCAUUUAUUAAUAAGAUAUACUGGCAAUACUCUUACUGUUAUGACAGAUCUAGAUGAUAAAGCAGUGUGGAAGCCUUGUUUUAAUGUUGAUGGAGUUGAACUGCCAACUGGUUAUUAUUUUGGAUUUUCAGCAGCAACUGGAGACUUAUCGGAUAAUCAUGAAAUUAUAGCUGUUCGACUUUAUGAAGUGGAUUCUGAUGAUCCUAAGGAAGCUCUUAAAGACCGCUCAAAUAUAAUUCCAUCUGCUACAAAAUUCAGUCCACCAAGAGAACAUAUUGAAGAUACUAAAAGUCAAAGUUGGAGUGGCUUAAAAAUAUUUUUCAUUGUAUUGUUUGUUAUUAUAUUAAUUGCUGCUUUAAUUGUUGGUGGUGUAUGGUAUUGGGAAUACCAACAAACUCAGUCACAUAAAACAUUUUACUGAAUAAAAUUCAUAAAGUGUUUAUAAAAUUAA